UGAGAUAUCUUUCUCAGGUAGUUCAGACACAAACCACGACAGCUUAUUGUAGAAUACUACCUACUAAGAAAAAUAGAAGGUGUGAAAUCAUUCAGAAUCGUUUAAAAACACAUUUCUUACCUUCCUCUUUUAGUGUUGCAUAGCAGGUCCACGUUCGUCAUCUCUUCUGGUAAAAUUAAGCAAUGAACCAUAGUGCGUCAUCGUUCCAAUUUCUUAAAAAACUCAGUCUUACAUCCCACAGAUCAAUGCACAAAGGUUGAUAAAAACUCACUGGUUUGGAUGAUUUGUUUAUUGAUGUUGUUAUUCACACUGAACGAGCUCGUCACAACUUUCCAACCAAAAUGGAUAGACAUGAAAUAUUUGAUGUCUACAUGAAAGUUCCCGAUGAUUCUAUACGUCUGGAAAAGAUGGUUUAAUCUUACCGAAUGGAAAGCCACUGACCUUAAGACGUUCCUUCGUCGCAGAACGGGCCUAAGCAAUGAACAGUUUGAAAGUAUUUUUCUGGAACUAACCAAAGAACCAGAAAAAGCUCUUCUUAUUUUUGAUGGUUUGGAUGAAUUUGAUGGCAACAUUGAGGCUUGUUUAGACCACACAGCGCAUCAAAACAACCCUGAUAUUUGUAUGCCUGCCAUUUCGUUGUUUAUUCAAUUGAUUUCUGGCCGUUUUUUGCCUGGGGCAACGAUUCUGGUUACCACUAGACCAACCGCAUCUGAUUUUUACUCCAGACUUAGAUUUGAUAGAACUGUGGAGAUUAUUGGUUUCACCUCAGAGAAAAUUGAACAUUAUGUGAGCAAAUUUUGUGAAAAUCAUAAUAGAAGUGACCUGAAAUCAAAGAUGUGGAAGCACAUAGAAUCCUCGUCGGACUUGUUAAAUUUAUGUUACAUCCCAGUGAAUUCCUUCAUAGUUUCCACCGUACUGUUUGGAUAUCUCACUGAUCCUAGGUACGAGACCGCUGUUCUUCCAGCAACACUGACUGAACUAUAUCAGGCCGCCAUAGAGCAUUUUGAUAAGCAUCACUACAGGAAGACAGACGGACCGUCUUCUGAAGCAAUCAAGAAUCUUCAACUGAGGGCAUACGAAGGUAUUCUAAUUGGGCAACUGGUUUUUAUUGAAGAAUUAAUUGAUGAAGAAAUGAGAAGGUCUGGUUUAUUGAACAAGUUGUCCAACCCUAUUUACCCAACUCUAGAACAGUUUUGCUUCAUUCAUUUGACUGUACAAGAAUUUCUUGCUGCAAAACACGUGACUGAAACGCAAUCUCCAGAAGAAAUAAAGAUUUUUAUUUGUUCUAAUGUUAAGGAUGGUAAAUGGCAUUUAGUGCUUCAAUUUAUUGCUGGGUUAUUGGGCCAGAAAAUAAAGAUGUCUAGAGAAGAAUACCAGCGAUACAAAGAUUGUGUUUUGGCGUUUACAGAAAGCUUCAGAGUAGAUGAUGGUAAACUUCACCUUGCUUUUUAUGUUUCAUUGUUUGUGAUGAAAUGUUUAAAGGAAGCGGGUGAUGAAGAUAUUGUUAAAGAAGCUUGUGAAAGACCUGCGGUGAAUGAUGUUGUAAGUCUAUACUGUUGGUCUCUUCCACAGAGGCUUUCCUCAAGUGAUUUGACCGCAGCGAUCUAUGUUUGCAAACACAUGAAGAAAUUGACAGAUAUUUACGUAAGAGAUAUUGAUUGGAGUGAGGAAUGUUACAUGCAAUUUUGUAAAUUUCUUCAACAAAGAUGUAGGAGAAUAUUAAUAUUAAAUUCAAAUAAAUACCAUGCCUUGCCAUUGGGGGGUCUCUUCGACUCCGUAAUAAAAUUGAAAUGUACAACAUUGGAUCACAAGCACAGCAAACUUACUACAUUAGAUUUACUUGGAUUUUCCACAACGGAUGAAUGUUUAUCGAAGAUUUCGGAAUUUUUUAAACAUGGACAUGCAAGCUGCCUUGAAAAAUUAUCCCUAAAUGGAUGUGGCAUAACUACGUUUGUGGAAAUACGUGAAGUCCUCGACAACAAACUUUGUCCUGAACUCACAGAACUGAAUCUUCGUCGGAAUGUCAUUUGUAAUGAGGGUGUAAGAUUGUUAUGUAAUGCUCUUAUUAAAUAUCCUCACCUGAAGCUUACUAGACUGGGUCUUAGUGCGUGUUCCCUGACUGAUAAAUGCAUACCUUUGCUAUGUGAACUAUUUAAAGAUGAACAUUGCAAACUGACUGUCUUGGAUAUGGAAGAGAAUCCUGGUAUAAGUGAUGAAGGUGUUCGUAUGUUGUGCGAAGAUGUUUUAACAAAUGAACAUUGCAAGUUGGCUGAGUUGAACCUUGAUUGCUGUUCAUUAACAGAUGAAUGUAUACCCUGGUUAAGCGAGGCACUGCUAGAUAAACGCUGUGUACUUAAUCUUUUGUGGAUCAGUCAAAAUAAUUUUACUGAGAAUGGAAGAAACUCUCUUCGUGAAUUAGAAACAAAUCAAGAUUGUAAAGCAAGAGGUUUAAAAAUCCACUGCUAAGACUAAUAUGUUCAGCAGGGACGGUGAUGUCAUGUUUACCAUCAACAGAGACUGUAUCAAACUUCUCAAUGUGAAAAAAGGACAUCAUUAAAUCAAC